AAUUAUCUGUAAUCUUGUUCCUCUAUAAAUAUGUGGAAAAAUAAUUAAAAAAUUAAAGAAAUGAAGAAAGAUAAGGUUGUUGCAGAUGAAAAAGAAAAACUUUGGCUAUUGAUUAAUUCGAAACCUCAUAAAACUUAUUCUUUAAAAGGAACAUAUGAUUAUGCUUCUGCUGUAUCUCUAAAUAAUUUAUAUAUUGCAGUAUAAAUUUAAAAUGAAGACGAGGAGAGAGUAUUACUGAUUUACAACACAAUUUUAAAACGUAGCAUAAAACUUAAAAAAAGUGAUUAUAGGUAAUUAAUUUUUUCUCUUGACUCAAAUAUACUUGUGGGAUUGUAAAAUAAAUUGAUAUAACUUUUGAGAUUGAAAUCAACAGCUAAAAAGUUUAAAGUAGAUAAAUAAUCUCAAUUAGAUAUCCCUAAACAUUUUGCAUCAUAAUUAAAGAUGGAAUUUAAAACAGACAAAAACUAAUUAUUUGUAUAUUCUAUAGAAUUUGGAUAAUUUGCAAUAUGGAAUUUGGUGAAGGAUGAAUUAAUAGUAAUAGUAAAUUAUUAUUUGAAAAACCCUGAGAUGAAGAUGAGAAAUUAAUAAGAAGAUUCUAAUCUUUUGGGUAUUAUUAAAAAAAUGAAAGUUUAAUACUAGGUAACAAUGAAAGAUUAUUAAAAACAAAUUUUCAAGUAUCCAGAGUUAAUUUCAGUAGAAUAUUCAUAGAAUGAAGGAGGAAUGAUGAUUAAAUGUAGAAAUAAGAUACUGAGAAAACACUAUGAUAAUUAAUUUGAAGAUGAAUCAAAGAGCUUACAAAUAUCAAGUGGAGGCACAAGAAUUUUAUAUGUAACAGAAAUGUUAAUGUACUUGUAUAGUGUUUAAACAGGAAACAUAUUAUUAAAGAAGAAAAUCUAUAAUGUUGAAUAAUUGAUAUUAAGCGAUAAUUCAUUAAUAGUAAUAGAGGGUGAUAUAAUUAAAUUUUGGGAUAUUACAUAAAUUUGA